CCAAAUUGUAAAUCCUAACCCUACCCUAAAUCCCUAAACGUUGUAUCAUUCAAAUUAAAGUAAAUCUUGAAUGUUUUUUUGUAUAAAUUCAUGUGCUUUCUUGUCCAUCAUAUGUCAAGUGAUGAUUGUCAUCGUUUUCACAUUAAUCGCAUGCUCAGGAUGACAGAUUAUGAGAUGAGUGCAUUGAAUGCAUCCAAAAAGUGAGUGCAUAUAUAUAUAUAUAUGGUGGCGUCUUCAGUGCACUCACUUUUUUAGUGUAUUCAGUGCACUCGCUUUAUAACCGUCAUUUUAAACAUGCGAUUUAUGUCAAAAUGAUGUCAAUCAUUACUUAUGAUGUGAUGAACAAUAACGCGAAUGAAUUUGCACAAAAACCAUUAAAGAUUUACUUUAAUUUGAAGGAUUUAGAGUUUAGAGAUCUAGGGUUAGGGUUUACAAUUUGGGGUUUAGGGAUAGAACUCAAAAUUGGAGGUCUAGGGCUUAGGGUAAUCCGCUAAUUAGUUGUGAUCAUAUGUUAUAUCAUCAUAUUACACUAAUUCUACAAAUUAAAAUUCAAAAUCCGACACUUUAAGACAAGUUUUUGAGUUGGGUUUAUUGAACACACUCAUUUUUGUGAGAGCACCUAAGUAGUCACCGUAUAUAUAUAUAUAUAUUAAUGUGAUAGGAUGGUGGUAAAUUGUGAUGUCCGGACAUAUAUAUAUAUAUAUAUAUACUAAUGUGAUAGGAUGGUGGUAAAUUGUGGUGUCCGACUAUAUGUGGUUUGAAUUAUUUUGCACGAAGUAUAUCAAACAUGUAGUUCAUUUUCUAUAUCACAAUUAAUCUGUUUUGUUUGUACAAUUUUUUUUAAAAUUCGUGUUAAAACGAAAGAGGUAUAAGAUGGUUAAAAAGUUUGUCAAUCUUAACCAUCAUAUAUUUCUAACUAAAAAUCAAAAGAUCGUAUUUAUCUAAUCCAUGAUUUUAUGUUCCAAUUCAUUCGAGGAGAACAGUGAAUAUUCCUCUAGGGAGAUGCAAUAUGUGAUUAGGGUUCCACAUGCCUAUUUUCUUUCAUUCAUAUCGAUUCAAAGAGCGAGUUAGGUGGUGAUUACAAACCAUAUUGUCCAGAGUUCGAAUCUCUGUCACACACACUUCCUAACAACUCAUGUAAGUUCCAUAGAACCUAUUUCUUUCAUUCAUAAUCAUAGAUGAUUCAACAAAUACAACUCAUAAACACACUUACUAGAAACCUCUCUAUAAACACACUAUUCUAAGCAAGAAGCAUCCUUCCAAAAGGAUUCAAGGGGCUCCACACCCUCACAACAGAAGUCACAUCUCCACCUUCCAUUGUUUGAAUACCCCCAUUUUCAACCACACCAAAUUCAGAUACUUCCCCUGAAUCCUGAUGAGUGACAGAGCUUAUUACCAAAAGGUAAAAGUAAGAGCUUAUUGAAAACAUAUCGUAAAAUUCUCACCAUUACAGCUUUGCUUGACCAGGCAAAUAGAGCAGAGCACUGUAGGGAAGCUGGCUGGGUCGUGGUCAACUUCAAUGGUGCCUGCAGUAAUCAUGGAACACGAAUUUCUCCGUCCAUUCAGGAUCCAACUUCCACCCGAGGAAGGUUAGGCGGCGCUACAAAAACAAAGGGAGCCAAUAGCAAUCACAUCCCUCCAUAUCUCUGGUUAAAGAUUUGAAUAUUGAAGAAAAAAAAUGGCCAACUUGCCAUUUGAAGUUUUAAAAUGGCUCCCCACAUGACCUGAUUCGUUUUUCUUCUCUUAAUGUCUCUGUUUAACCUUCCAACCCCAAAAAACAGAGCAACUAUGGCGAAACCAUCAACACCCACGAUGAAGUUGAAGUGUGCGACCUUCGCAGCAGCUCUCCUCACCAGCCUCUGUUUCCGCCUCGCCGCGGCGGCGGAUUCCAACUCCAACGAUACCAUAACCACUGCUCAGCCUCUCCGAGACGACGGCGAGGCGCUGACUUCCGCCGACGGCACCUACGCCAUGGGAUUCUUCUCCCCCGGGAGCUCGAAAAACCGGUACUUGGGAAUCUGGUACAGACAAAUUCCUGACAUGACCGUAGUUUGGGUAGCCAAUCGGGACAAACCCAUCACCCAAACAGACGCCGCCCUUCUCCAGCUGACCGGCGACGGAAUUCUCCUGCUCCUUAGUCGAAUCAAUGGCACCACCCUCUGGUCGUCUUCUUCACCUUCUUCUCCAUCUUCAGGUUCGUCCCUCCCCGUGGCUCAGCUUCUGAACACAGGAAACCUGGUGGUGAAACCAACACCUCAGGGCGACGACGAUUUCAUCUGGCAGAGCUUCGACCAUCCAACCGACACAUUUCUCCCCGAAAUGAAGCUGGGGAGGAACCUAAUUACGGGUCUGAAUCGCCGGAUCACGUCGUGGUUGUCUCCCGAUGAUCCUUCCACGGGGAAUUUCACCUGUGGGAUGGAGCUCGGGGGCUACCCUGAGCUCGUGGAGACACACAAUUCGAUGGGUGAAACGUUUCGGACCGGACCUUGGACGGGCCAGAGCUUCAGCGGGACACCGCAUUUGAAUCCAAAUCCUGUCUACACUUACAAUUUCGUGUUCACCGAUGAGGAGACUUACUACAUCUACCAUCUCCGCAACAACUCUGUUCUCUCCAGGAUGGUCAUUACUCCGACGGGCGCGAUUCAGAGGUACACAUGGCAGGGGAGCAAACAGGGGUGGGUGGUUUACCUGACAGCGCAGAACGACAACUGCGAUCGGUACGGAGUGUGUGGAGUUUAUGGGAACUGCGACAUCGAGAGCUCGCCGAGUUGUGGUUGUCUCGAUGGGUUUGUGCCGAAGAAUCAGAGGGAGUGGGAUAUGGUGGAUUGGACGAGCGGAUGUGUUCGGAGGACACCGUUGAAUUGCUCUGGAGAUGGGUUUGUGAAGCAUUCGGGCAUUAAGAUGCCCGAGACGCGAAACUCGUCGUGGUUUAACACAACGAUGAGCUUGGCGGAGUGCAGGGAGGUUUGCAUCAGGAACUGUUCUUGUACCGCUUACGCGAAUUUGGACCUCAGCGAUGGAGGCACUGGCUGCCUCAUAUGGUUUACUGAGCUGCUGGAUAUCAGGGUGUUGUAUGCCAAUCGUCAGGAUCUCUAUAUUAGGAUGGCAGCUUCAGAAUUGGAUGGCAGUGGCAACUUGAAGAAGGAUGUGCAGAAGUCGAAGAAAGUGGUGUGGAUCGUCUUGGCCUGCACGGUAUCAGCUGGAGUCUUGUUGGUGAGCCUUGGAUUGGUUGUUUGGUCUAAGAGAAAGAAGCAGCGCGAGCAGGAUGGUACAGACUGUCCGUGUUUCGUUAGUUCAAGUCGAAAGAAAGACGAGCUGGAGUUGCCAUUGUUUGAUCUGGCCACCAUUGCUUCUGCAACAAACAACUUCUCUUCUGAGAAUGUCCUAGGGCAAGGUGGUUUUGGACUUGUUUAUAAGGGGAUUAUGAGAGAUGGGCAAGAAGUCGCCGUGAAGAGGCUAUCGAAGGAUUCGCUACAAGGAGCCGAGGAAUUCAAGAACGAAGCAACCAACAUCGCCAAACUUCAACACCGUAACUUGGUGAGACUUCUAGGAUGUUGCAUUCAACGCGACGAAAGAAUGCUGGUUUAUGAGUUCAUGCCCAACGGAAGCUUGGACUUCUUGAUUUUCGAUACAACUCGGAGCCAGGUACUAGAUUGGCCUACGCGAUAUAACAUCAUCAAAGGGAUCGCUCGGGGACUGGUAUACCUUCACCAAGACUCGAGGUUGAGAAUAAUCCACCGCGAUCUCAAAGCCAGCAACAUACUACUGGACUACGAGAUGAACCCAAAGAUUUCUGAUUUCGGGUUGGCAAGAACUUUCGCCGGAAACGAUUCACAAGGAAACACAAGAAACGUUGUGGGAACCUAUGGUUACAUGUCGCCGGAGUAUACAAUCGAUGGGGUUUACUCCAUCAAGUCGGACGUUUUCAGCUUUGGAGUGAUGGUGUUGGAGAUAGUGAGCGGGGAAAGAAACAGGGGAUUCCGCCGUCGUGAUCAUGAACUCAACCUCCUUGGCCAUGCUUGGAGCUUGCAGAAGGAAGGCAGGGCUGCAGAGCUAGUAGAUGCGACACUAAGAGGAUCCUGCGACCAGAUACAGGUGCUGAGGCUGGUCCACAUCGGUCUACUGUGCGUGCAGAAGAGACCAGACGAUCGGCCGAGCAUGGCGGCGGUGGUCGUUAUGAUCGGCGGCGAUGGAGACUUGCCGGAACCGACGGAGCCUGGGUUCUUCGUGGCUAGGGAUGUCGUCUAUGAAUCAACUUCUUCUUCGUCGAGUGGAAACAGAGGACCCAGUUCGCAUGCUUCCAUGUCUACGACCCUUGUGCUCCCCAGAUAAUGGGAGGAAAGAAAGGGCAUCGUCGUCAUCACUGAUCAACUGUGAAUCCGUUGUAUAUCCUUUUAGGUGUAAAUUCGAGGAGCUGGGUCAAGAUUUUGUUUUCAACAAGGUUUAGUCAAUGUUUUCUAUUUGGGUUGAGUUGUAAGAAAAACCUACUGACGAGGCUUUGAUUAUUUUGAUUGGUGAUAAUUUGUUCUCCAUAGUUUAUGCCUUCUAUGUUCAGAAUCGUAGAGUAGUAUUAUAAUGCCAUCGUAUUCCCUGACAACCGGCAAGAUUAGGUUUGUGAGUUGUGACAACUGACAGAAGUUGAUACAUUUAACCUUGAUAUAAGAUUUUUC